CCCUCUUCCUUCUCGUUCUCUAGGGUUAUCGUCUUCUUUCGCACCUUCUUCUUAUCUCUCCAAAAAAUCACACACACUCCAUAAAUUGUUCAAACUCACCUCACACUCUCUCUCAUUUUCCGUCUCACGAAUUUUCGUUUCUAACCGUUUUUUCCCCUUCCAUUUUCUCGAAUUUACCAUCGACUCUUCGAUAUAGUUUCAAGUUCCUCCUUCGAUUUGCGCUCAUUUCUUUUAGAUCCGAACAAUUCCUAGCUUUAAGAGCUCCGGUGGAUCAGAAUUAGAAGUUUCCGAAGGAAAUCGAAGUGUUAGGGUUCCGAUUUUUCUGAAAUUUUAGUUUCCGUUUGAAAGAGCGAUGGAGCCACCGGUUGUUAGAUCGAGAGGGAGGCCGCGGAAGCGUAGAAGAAAAGAGGAAGAAAUGGAAGCUCUGGAAGCAAAGAGGCAAGCCUUGGCAACCAGAUCGAUAGCGUUGGUUGGACGAUUCGUGCUGAAGGAGUUCCCGAAAAUCGGUGUUUUCCUCGGUAAAGUUGUGUACUACGAGUGUGGCUUGUAUAGAGUUAGUUAUGAGGACGGUGAUUUCGAGGAUUUGGAUAGUGGUGAGGUUCGUGCUGUUCUACUAAAUGACAGUGAUUUUGAUGAUGAUUUGACUAAGAGGAAGGGUAAAUUGGAGCAAUUAGUGUUGAAGAAUAGUGUAAAGGUUCAAGCUAAGUCGGUGAAGGCUUCUGAUGAGAUGAAUAAAGAUGAAUCCAAGGUUGAUGGACCUGUUUCGGGAGAACUUAACGGUGAAAACGGUGAGGAACAAGCUGAAGGUGGCGAUGAUUUGUUGAGUGAUGAUUAUUCUGAUUCAGAUGCUGAGGCAGUUCCUGCGGUGCCACCGCGGCCGCCUUUGUUGCAGUUGCCACCAUCGUCAGGGACUAUUGGUGUGCCGGAGCAGUGUGUUUCGCACCUGUUUGCUGUUUAUGGUUUCUUGAGAUCAUUCAGCACUAGGUUGUUCCUGGCACCGUUUACUUUAGAUGAUUUUGUUGGUUGUCUUAAUUGCCGAGUUGCUAACAGCUUGAUUGAUUCUAUUCACGUCUCCCUAUUGCGGGUAUUGAGGCAUCAUCUUGAAUCCGUUUCAUCUGAAGGCUCAGAGCUUGCAUCGAAAUGCCUUAGGUGCAAUGAUUGGGGCUUGCUUGAUGCAUUGACUUGGCCUGUUUUUGUGAUUCAAUAUUUAUUAGUUAAUGGACACACAAAAGGACCUGAAUGGAAAGGGUUUUAUGAUGAGGCUUUUGCUUGCGAGUAUUAUUUAUUGCCUGUAAGUAGGAAGUUAAUGAUAUUGCAAAAACUAUGCGAUGAUGUUUUGGAUUCAGAGGAGCUAAAAGCUGAAAUGAACAUGCGGGAAGAAUCAGAGGUUGGGGUGGAUUAUGACGCAGAAGAUAUCAUUGCUGCAGAAAAUGGGCCUGGAAAAGUCCUACCAAGACAUGCCAAUACUGCUUGUGAGGAUAAAGGAGCCAUGAAGAUAGUUUUGGCAUCAAAUUUUGUGAACCAACAUGUUAACCCUAAUAAUUCCAAUUCCAGAAAUGCAGGAAACGUUGGUGAUGGCGAUGAUAGAAAUGGAGAUGAAUGUCGUCUUUGUGGUAUGGAUGGGACCUUGAUUUGUUGUGAUGGGUGCCCCUCUGCUUAUCACUCCAGGUGUAUUGGUGUUAUGAAAAUGCAUAUACCAGAAGGACCGUGGUAUUGUCCAGAAUGCAAGAUUAACAUGAUUGGGCCAACAGUUGCAAAGGGAACAUCACUUAGAGGUGCUGAAAUAUUUGGAAUGGAUUUGUACGGGCAGCUUUUCAUGAGUUCCUGCGACCACUUAUUGGUGCUCAAUGUCAACAAUGAUGAAUUCUGUCUUAAAUAUUACAACCAGAGUGACAUUCCUAAUGUUAUCCAAGUGCUUUGCGGAUCCUUGCAGCAUAGACCAAUAUACUAUGAUAUUUGCAUGGCAGUUAUGCAAUAUUGGAAUAUUUCUGAAAGAGUCUUGCCUCUUCCUCCUCCGUCAAGUGAAGAUGGUCAUAAGCCUGUUAGUUUGGUGAAUGGAGAGUACUCUCACACUUUGAGCUUGAUUUAUAGUGGCAAUGUAGUCCCUUCAUGUGAUACCUCAACAACUAACACUGUAAAUCAUGGUCCCGAAAGCAGUGGUAAUGAGCUGCCUACCACAAAUAUGAAGCUUCCUCAGGAAACUAGGAUGGUGUCACUAAUGUCAAAUGAUUAUGGGUCUGUUUCUGUUAGUAAUCAGUCUGAGUUGAACUAUCGAAGUUCUGUCAAUGGGUUAACUGUGCUGGCUUCUUCACGCUCUUUGAUAAACAGCCAAUAUAGUAAUAAUGCCCAUUCAAAUGAUAUUGUGCUGCCAGUGAAAUUUUCUCUGGAAACCAAAGAGAGCACCCGAGUUGGCUUUGGAAAGGUGGAACACAAAACAACUAACAAUGUUGGGUACAUGGGUUUGUCCUAUAAACCUUUGUCAUACAUUAAUAACUAUAUGCAUGGUGAUUUUGCUGCAUCAGCAGCUGCCAAAUUGGCCGUUCUAUCCUCAGAGGAAUCUAGGUCAGAGGGUCAUGUUUCUGACAGUCAGAAGAAAACGAUAGCUCAGAUCACAUAUUUGCAAGCAAAAGCAUUCUCACAAAUAGCUUCACGUUUCUUUUGGCCAGCUACUGAAAAGAAGCUAAUGGAGGUGCCAAGAGAGAGGUGUGGCUGGUGCUUUUCUUGUAAAGCCCCUGUUUCAAGCAAGAGAGGAUGCAUGUUAAAUCAUGCCCUUAUAAAUGCCACAAAAAGUGCGCUGAAAGUUCUUGCUGGUUUUCCUCCACUAAGGAGUGGAGAGGGAAUCCUUCCUAGUAUUGCAACAUACAUUUUAUACAUGGAGGAAUGUUUACAUGGUUUAAUAGUUGGGCCCUUUCUAAGUCCAAGUUAUAGAAAGCAAUGGCGAAUGCGGGUUGAACAGGCCACAACAUUUAGCUCUAUCAAACCACUCUUGCUUGAUCUUGAGGAAAAUAUUCGCAUGAUUACUUUCUGCGGGGAUUGGCAUAAGUUGAUGGAUGAUUGGUUGGUUGAAUUUUCUAUGAUUCAAAGGUCUGCAUCUGCUCUUGGAACAACACAGAAACGUGCACCAAGUGGGAGGCGUUACAAGAAACGCUCAGCUACUGAAGAACCUACAGCUGAUGGUUGCCAUGAAAGCUUUGAGUGGUGGCGGGGUGGGAAAUUCACCAAGUUUAUAUUCCAAAAAGCUGUUUUGCCAAGAUCCCUGGUCAGGAAAGCUGCACGCCAAGGUGGUUCGAGGAAAAUCUCUGGCAUUUUCUAUGCUGAUGGAUCUGAAAUCCCUAAAAGGACCAGACAGUUUGUGUGGAGAGUUGCAGUACAGAUGUGUAAGACUGCAUCACAGCUGGCACUUCAGGUCAGAUAUCUAGAUUUUUAUAUCAGAUGGAGUGAUCUAAUUCGUCCAGAGCAGAAUAUUCAGGAUGGUAAAGGUCAAGAAACUGACGCUUCUGCUUUCAGAAAUGCAAAUAUUUGUGAUAAAAAGCUUGUAGAGGGGAAAACUUGUUACGGAGUAGCAUUUGGGAGCCAAAAGCAUCUUUCUACUCGUUUAAUGAAAAAUGUUAUUGAAAUUGAGCAAGGUAUAGAAGGAAAAGAAAAGUAUUGGUUUUCCGAAACACGCAUUCCUUUAUAUUUGGUGAAAGAGUAUGAAGAAAGCAAUGGAAACGGACCAUCUGUUUGCGAGCACUUGAAUACUGCAUCACAACAAUUGCUCAGUCGGUGGUUGAAAGCAUCCCGCAAGGAUAUUUUUUUCUACCUUACCUGCAAGAGAGACAAUUUGGACAUGUUCUUGUGUUCUGUAUGUCAUACUGGUGUUCCAUUAAGGAAUGCGCUCAAGUGCAAUACUUGUCAAGGAUUUUGUCACGAGGGCUGUUCCCUAAGGUCAACAAUCUUCACAAAUAAGAAAGUUGAGUACUUGACCACGUGCAACCAAUGUUAUCAUGCCAAGUUCCUUGCUCAAAAGGAGACCAGUAAUGAAUCUCCAACCAGCCCCUUACUCUUACAAGGACGUGAAAACAACUCUCUUCCUAUCCUAAAGGGAUUAAAGUCUAAAUAUUCUGAUCUAGCACAGAAGUCUGCCAAGGCAAAGGAUAGCCGUCCAGAAGCAAAACAAGUUGCUUCAAUGACAGUUUUGAAGGAAGCAAAGACUUCCGCCAGGUCAAAGGAUAGUCAUCCAGACAGAAAACAACUUGCUUCUGGUUCCAGCUCGGCAACUGCAACCCGUCGUAGGAAUUGUUCUUGGGGUGUGAUAUGGAAGAAGAAAAAUAUUGAUGAUACAGGCGAUGAAUUUAGGCUCAAAAACAUACUUUUAAAGGGAGCUUCAGGAAUUCCUCAAGAGCCACCAAUUUGUCACUUGUGCCGUAAGAAAUACUGUUCCGAUCUGAUGUACAUUCACUGUGAAUCUUGCUCAAAUUGGUAUCAUGCUGAAGCUGUUGAACUCGAUGAGUCCAAAAUUUUUGAUGUACUGGGCUUCAAAUGUUGCAAGUGUCGUAGGAUAAAAUCACCUGAUUGUCCUUAUGCUGAUACUAAGCGCAAGACACAAGAGGGUAAGAGGACAAGGACUUCAAAGAAAGAGUAUUCUGGUCCAGAUUCUGAUUCUGGAACAUUUUCUGAUAUGAAAGAGUGUGAGCCUGCUACCCCCGUCUUCCCAGUAGAGGAUGAUCCUCUACUUUUCUCUCUUUCAAGUGUGGAGCUGGUUACAGAACCUAAGUUAGAGGAUGCUGAGUGGAGUACUCUCUCUGGCCCUGGGCCUCGGAAACUACCAGUGAGACGGCAUGUUAAACGUGAGGGGGACUGUGAUGGAUUUUACGUAGAGAAACCGUUGUAUGAUGAAACUUUGGCACAUAAUGAAGCGGGUGAUAUGUACAAACCCGAGCCUUUAGACUAUGACACUGUCGUGCCGAAUGAUAGCAAUCUGCUUAAUGAAGCGGAAGGUUCACAGUAUGAAUUUGCGGACUUUGAACCUCAUACCUACUUCUCUGUAACGGAACUGCUGCUCCCAGAUGAUAGUAGCCAGCUUGAGGGAGCUGAUGCACCUGGUGAAUUGUCAGGAUAUUUGGGGAAUUCUUGUACACAAGUUCCUGAAGAAUGCGGUGUAACUUUAGAUGACAAAUCAGAACCUGCCCUAUCCUUUGAAGACGCUGUUUAUAGUUGUUGGCAGUGCGGGCAAAUGGAACCAGCCCCUGAUCUGUGUUGUGAGAUUUGUGGGAUUUUUAUUCACAGUCAAUGCUCUCCUUGGGUUGAGUCACCAUCAAGGCUUGGAAAUUGGAGGUGUGGCAAUUGCCGGGAAUGGCAAUAGCUGAUUCACAUGUCAUUUUGUUGAAUUUGAAUUUGGGAAAUUCUCCCUCUGGAUUGAAGUGGGUUGAAGCUUCUGAUGCCUUAACAGUGAUAAAUCGUACAAGUCAGCUCAAAUGAAUAUUUGCACUUUCUUGGCAGUAUCUCCCCGUGGACGAGGUGAAUUGUUUGCGAAUCUUUCAAGGGCAAAUUUAUGCUGUGUGCUUUGUCUUGCCAUUAUUCUGUGCACUGUUCACCGAACUAUAACUGCCUGUGCAGUGCCCAGCGGACCCGGUGUACUCAAUCGACGAAAGGAUCUGGUGAGUUUGUCGUUAGUCUGCUUUGAUCCUAUAACGAGAUUUUUUAAUCAAAUCAGUCGGUCACUCGCAUGGGGGAUUGUUUUCCCAUUUUACGGUUCGUAGAUAAGCAUUGUUUUUGUGACGCUUAUCUGAUGGAAUUAUUUGUAUAGAUGAGAAUCCUCAAUUUUUUAUGGAGGUUGGUUAAAACUAUGAAGCUUCGAUCUAUUACGAAAGAAGCUUCUAUACUGCUUCCAUUCAUUUUCACUCGUAAUAGUGAAAGAAAGCACGUUAGGAUCCAAUGCUGGCCUGGCCUUAACUCUAUUGUGGUCUUA